AUGCCUAUGUGCAGUCUAAGAGCAGCCAGGGUAACGGUCGGACACAAGUUGAAGCUGUUGCUGAUGCUGCUGAUGCUGCUGCUGGUUGCUGAAGGUCAGGCCCAGGACAUCCCUCACCGUCUGAACAGCCUCGUCCGAGAGAACGAGUUGCACAGUUUCGAGAACUCUCAUAUCAUUGUCAAGGAGAGGGAACGCGACGUCUAUCUGUACAAGGAUAUUGCCAGAAAUUUCACUUUCACCAUCGCCAAGAACUGCAGCAUCAUCGUCGCCGUCACCCCGUGCGCCUCAGAGAUCUACUGGUCGCUGCACAUGCUGACCCAAGCUCCCUCAGAUCUGAGCUGGAUUGGUCAGCAGCACCAUAGUCUGUCAAGGAAUCAACAGCUGGCGCAGUUUGCGGGAUCCUCCAGACAGGUGGUUCACACCAGCGUUGGCAGGGGAUCUUACGUGAUCACAGUAACUUCCCUGCAAUCAGAUUCUCACGUGAAGAUUUUUGUUUCUGCCAACCCGGAGAUCGGAGGUUCCAUCUAUCCCAGCGUUCCUCUAAACGGUCAUGUGAGUGUCUUGACCAGCAGACGAAAGCUCGUUCUGGACUGGCCUUCAGCGGCAGCACAGAAUCGGUUUCGGAAGUCUGUUGAAUAUUGUGUGGCCAUCAGCCGAAUCAAAAACUUCCACAGUUAUUGCGGAGCUUUGGCGUACGUCCAUGGGGAUAAAAAGCCGGUGUUUGUUGACUGGGGCUUUACAAAUGAGAAAGACAAAAUAAAAGAGCUUCGUAAUAUGGCAAAGCCAAUACAGCCAGCUCCGAAAAGGCUGAUAUUCCAUAAGUGUGUUGGGAAUAGAACCUCCUUCACGUUCAACAAAGCAGCCCAUGGAAAGACAUACUACACAGAUGUGUUUAUUGUUGACAAGACAACACAGCUGUCUUCUGCUUACACAGGAGCUGUAGUCAAAAUUAAAUACAGAAAAAGGUCUCCAAAAACACAAAUGAAAGUUGGCGAGACCAAAACAAUUAACCUUAAAAGGAAAAACACAAUAGAAGUUACAAUCAAUACCACAUUGGCACUUCUAGCUUUUGAGGUAAUUCCCUGCGCUGGGAGAGUCCCUGUUGUAAUUUAUUAUAAUGGCAAGAAAAACCAAACAAAGACUCUUGUUCGCCGGUGGAGAAGGUUUUCUAUCAAGAAAGCAUCGCCAGGCACAUACCUCUUGACAUUCCCUGGAAAGACAAAGAAGAAGACAUUUGUGACAGUUUUCGUCACGUCUAGGGCUAGUAGAUCUAAAAUUGUCCUGCCCGAGAAAAGAAAGAUCCGCGUCGCUCGUAGGUUGACCACUUGUUCCAAUGUGACUUUGACGUGGAUGACCAGUUCAGUCAAGCAGAACUACUGCUUGUACAAGAAAAAACUGAAAACAGAUGGCCAAGACUCCAAAAGAAGACGAUGUCUCAGCCCCGAUGAGCGGCUUCAUGACAAGCCAGUGACUUGCUUUUCGCAUACUGCUACAGAUAACGUCAGGCGAUCAGUUACUUAUAAUGUGACGGGAUUACAGCCCAACACACUGUACAGAUUUGAUGUCUAUGUUAAACGUGGGCGUUCGGCUUCAGUAUCUUAUAGAAACGUCCGAGUAAAAACAUUACCUCAAUGUGUCAGCUGA